AGAGGAACCACACCACUCAAAUCAAAAUCUCUCCACCACGCCAAAAACCAAACGAGCAGCGCCCCACUUUUCUCCGAUUCCUCCCAAAUCCCAGGCGUUCUAUCUCCAUCUGAAUACGGGUAGCGGGCAAAACAUUGAAUGGCGGCGGCGAUUGUGGAUGAGAAGUUCUGUUACGGCGAGGAGACGAGCCUGACGGUGAGGAAGACGUCGGUUUUCUUCCCAGGGGAUGGGUUCCUGGUUUACGACCCGAACGGGGAGGUUCUGUUACGGUUCGAUUCUUAUGGGCCGGAGACCAAAGACGAGCUGGUUCUCAUGGACGCUUCCGGCAAGUGCCUCCUCACCCUCCGGCGCAAGAAGCCAAGUCUCCAUAACAGAUGGGAAGGCUUCCUCGGCGAGGGCGGGUCCAACCACGGCGCCUCCUCCGCUGCCGACGGCGAGUCAACGGCGAUCGGCCCCAUCUUCACGGUGUUCAAAUCCAGCAUAAUCGGACAAUCCUCGCUGAUGGUAGAGCUCUACAACGAUUCAGGGGAAGAGUACCAAAUCGAAGGCUCCUACGUCCACAGAUCCUGCACCGUCUACUACUCCUCCGCCGCCGGCUCGACGGCCAAGGAGCCCGCGGCGGAGAUCAAGCGCAAGGUGGACCCCACCACCGGCGUCACGCUCGGCCGCGACGUGUUCUGGCUCUGCCUCAGGCCCGGCUUCGAUGGCGCCUUCGCCAUGGGGCUGGUCCUGGUCCUCGACCAGAUGACCGGCGACCGCCUCGCCGCCGUCGGCGAAGGCGGCGAGGAGGGUGGUGUUGAUGGUGGUGUGAGUGCGCUGCAGAUGAGUACGGUUGUUCCGGUAACGGAUUAGUGGGGGGUACGUGUGUCGCGGCAAGGAUUGCGAAACUGUAGUGGAGGAGGUUAUACGCGGAAAAAAAAAGAGUCGGCGCAGUAGAGUGUUUCGUAUUGAAACAGUGACUCAGAAAGUUUCAAACUGUGCUGAAAUUGCAGAUAUCGAUUUGGGUCCGGUAUUCGGUAUUUUCGGUUCGACUGGCCGAUACGAUAUAGGGUUUUCUCAAUCACUGUGUGUGUCGAACGUGUGUGUUGAAUUUUGACGGUUGUUGAAAAUUUCGAAUGUAGACAUUGAUGAGCGUGGAAUAUUGUUUAAGUUUUUGUAUCGGCUUCUACUAAACUAGAUCGUGCUUAUA